CACGUUUUGAAAAGACAAAACCAUCCGUUGAACAGAGGGCGGAGCUUUAAAGUUCAAACCUCACUGGAUACGCGAACUAAUUUGAAUCUAGAGAGAGAAGCACUUUGGAGAGGGAGAAAGUGCUACUCCGUACCUUCAUUCCCAUUUCUUGCUACCAGAGAGGUGAAGCCGCUGGCUUCUUCUCGGGGAUUGAUCUUCUUGAAGUAGUAACUUAAGAAAUGAAUGCAGUGGGAAGGCAGAGAUCUGGCGCUGCGGCGCUGCGGCCGCUCACCGACAACUUCAUGGAAAAUCCAUCCAGCGACAGAUGGAUGCAGUCCACCGGCCUUCAACAUUUUCAGCCAUCUUCUGGCAACUCUAUUCCUCCACUACAGGACUCCGGGUACUACGGUGAAGCUCAGGGUUCAAGAGCUUAUAUGGCUCCUCAGAGCACUUACGGAGGAGGGAGUGAUAAGUUUUUGGAGCCAUUGAUGCAGCCAGGACAGAGGAGGAGUGGAGACGACCAAGCCCUGCAGAAUGACUUCAGCCCAGGACUGUUAGAUCUACAUUCCUCAGACACUGAGCUUCUCCCUGAGUUUCCUGUUGCCAAUAACCAGCCCUGUGCUCCUUCCAUGCAUCAUUAUGCUCGAGGAAAAAUUAGUGAGGACUCAGAGGCAUACAUUGCAAACUAUAAACAAAAUGGAAAAGUUCGUGGCCUGAGUGAUAGCAAUGUUACAAAGAGCUUUGCUUCUGAUAAGGAGAGGGCUAGCAAUGUUGCUAAGAUCAAAGUAGUGGUUCGAAAGAGACCUUUAAACAAAAAGGAACUGACAAAGAAUGAGGAAGACAUAAUAGAAACUCGUACAAACGCAUUGACAGUUCAUGAGACAAAGCUUAAGGUUGACCUAACUCAAUAUCAAGAGAAACAUGAGUUUGUCUUUGAUGCAGUGUUGAAUGAGGAGGUUUCAAAUGAUGAGGUGUACCAUGAAACUGUUGAGCCCAUUGUUCCGAUAAUUUUCCAACGGACAAAAGCUACUUGCUUUGCAUAUGGGCAAACAGGAAGUGGGAAAACUUAUACAAUGAAACCACUACCGUUAAAGGCAUCCAGGGAUAUUCUGAGGCUCAUGAACUACACUUACCGGAAUCAGGGCUUUCAAUUGUUUGUUGGCUUCUUUGAGAUUUAUGGAGGAAAACUUUUUGACCUUCUUAAUGAUCGGAAAAAACUUUGCAUGAGAGAAGAUGGUAAGCAGCAAGUGUGUAUUGUGGGGUUGCAAGAGUACAGGGUUUCAGAUGUGGAGAUGAUCAAGGAACUGAUUGAUAGGGGAAAUGCAACAAGAAGUACAGGCACCACUGGUGCCAAUGAGGAAUCUUCUAGGUCACAUGCUAUACUUCAACUAUCGAUUAAGAGGUCAGUUGAUGGCAGUGAAUCCAAGCCCACUCGAGUUAUUGGGAAGCUCUCCUUUAUUGACCUUGCGGGAAGUGAACGUGGUGCUGAUACUACUGACAAUGAUAAGCAAACAAGAAUUGAAGGGGCUGAGAUAAAUAAAAGCCUGCUCGCACUGAAGGAAUGCAUUAGAGCUCUUGACAACGAGCAUGGCCAUAUACCAUUCAGGGGAAGUAAACUAACAGAGGUCCUUAGGGAUUCAUUUGUUGGAAACAGUCGAACCGUGAUGAUUUCAUGCAUAUCUCCAAAUGCUGGAUCCUGUGAACAUACUUUAAACACAUUGAGAUAUGCUGACAGGGUGAAGAGCCUUUCGAAAGGGGGGAAUAACUCCAAGAGAGAUGCUCUGUCUUCAUCACUUAACCUGAGGGAGUCCACAACACUGCCUUUGUCUUCUGUAGUCUUACCUUCUGUACCAACGUAUGAAGAUGACACGGGGCCCGAUGAUGAGGAACUCUAUGAAAGAGAUAUUCCAAUACCAAAACUCGAGACGUUCAGCACUACCGUUGCAGAAGAAAAAUCUCGUAAAGGCAAUGAACAACCAAUGUGGAAAGAGCCCAAGUAUUUGGCUUCUGGAAAUGAGUUAAACGAUCUGCUGAAGGAAGAGGAAGAUCUUGUAAAUGCCCACCGAGGACUAGUGGAGGAAACAAUGGACAUUGUUAAAGAGGAAAUGAACCUAUUAGUUGAGGCAGAUCAACCAGGGAAUCAAUUAGACAAUUAUGUAUCUCAACUGAAUGCCAUACUUACCCAAAAGGCUGCUGGCAUCCUUCGGUUGCAAAAACGUUUGUCACAUUUUCAAAGGCUUCUAAAGGAGCAUGAUGUCCUCUUACUGUCUUCAUUGCCCCACUAGUAGGAAAAAUUCACAUGUAAAGAGGAAACCUGAAACUCGACCAUUCAAAAUUCUACGUGCUGCAAAAUUUGUGAUUAAAAAGUUUCUGUAUGUUUAACUUUGUAUUUUGUUCUUCUGUUUUGCGAGUAAAGGCUCGCUGGAAGCCUGGAAUAUAUACAAUUUGAUUAUCA